GCGGGGCGGGGAUGAUGACGACGACUUCCUCACUUUCUCCGCAGCAGCAGGAAGAGAGACGGAGGAAGAGAAGAAGAGGAGGAAUAUCCUAGUCGGAGCGCCUCUCGGCCGCCCUCCGCCAUGUCGACGCCGACGCGGACCCUCAGCUUCGUCGUUCUUCGUUUUCUUUUUCUCCUUCCGUGACCGCCGCCAAACAUCGGCGCCACGGCGGCCAUGAAGCCCCGCCUCCUUCUCGCUCAAGGCGUCCCCGUUUCCCGUCAGCAGGCUACUCGCGCGGAGGUUCGGGAGAUGAGGGGCAACCCAUGAGGACUCUGAAUGAAAAAAACAAGGAGUGGGCGGAGGGGGAGGGCGAGCAAAGGCGAGGAGACGGGCCACCCCCCCUGGAGAACAAUGUUAAGGCGGCCCAGCUGUGGCGGGACGCCGCCCUCCGCUCCAGGAAGCUGCGCAGCGACCUGCGCCAGCUGCCCCCCUAUCCCAAAGAUGCGGACCUGUCCCACGUGGAGGCCCUGAACCUGGGCAACAACCUCCUGCAAGAGCUACCCGAAGGCCUGGCAUCCAGUCUCAACAACCUGCGUGUGCUAGUGCUGCGCAGGAAUCACUUCUCCACCGUGCCGUGCGCCGUAUUCGAGCUGAGGCAGCUGGUGGAGUUGGACCUCAGCCACAACCGAUUACGGGCUGUGGCGGAGGGCCUGGGCCGACUGAGCACGCUGAAGAAACUGAGUGUCAGUCACAACAGCAUUCAGCAGCUACCCGAGCACAUCGCCGCGUUGGAGUUUCUGGAGGAACUGGACGUAAGCUUCAACGACCUCCACGAUAUGCCCGCGUCCUUCUGCGGCCUCGCCAGGCUACGCACGCUGGACGUGGACCACAACAAACUGAGCAGGUUCCCUCCUGAGAUCCUGGCGCUGGCCGACUUGGAAGAACUGGACUGUUCUGGAAACAAGUUUGAAAUUUUGCCAGAGGAUGUGGUGAAGCUGAAGAGUAUCAAGAUAUUGUGGCUGAGCAACCUCCACUUAAGGUUCUUACCCGACACUUUCUGCCACCUGCAGAAGCUGGAGAGCCUCAUGCUGGAUGGGAACCACCUGGCUACGCUGCCGGAAGCUUUCGGCAGCCUGCAAACUCUCAAAAUGGUCAAUUUGUCCUCCAACCAGCUCACGGAUUUCCCCGAAGUUCUUCUGGAGAUUUCGGGGCUGGAGGAACUCUACCUGAGCAGGAACAAACUGACUCGGGUCCCUCAAGAAAUCGGACGCUUGCAGAACCUGGCCAACCUUUGGCUGGACAACAAUGAGAUUGCGUACCUGCCCGAGUCAUUGGUGGACCUGGCGAAGCUUGAGGAGCUGGUUCUCCAGGGCAACCAAAUCGCCGUCCUUCCCGACAACUUUGGAAAGCUGUCCAAGGUCAACAUCUGGAAGGUGAAGGACAACCCACUGGUCCAGCCUCCAUACGAAGUGUGCAUGAAGGGCAUCCCGCACAUCGCCGCCUAUCAGCAGAACUCGCCCCACUCGCAGCUGGAAGCCAGGCCCAGACUCAAACUGGUCCUGCUCGGACUGAACGACGCCGGGAAGACCCGACUGCGGCGGAGCCUGCUGAGUGAGAGCAAAGGCCAACACCCGAGCGAAGGAAUCCAAAUCACCAGCUCGCUGAACGAGGGCGGCCUGGGCUUCCUGGUGUACGACUUGUCCGGAAAGCAGAACCUGGACCCGGUGAAGCCCUUCUUCUUGUCCCCGUCUGCGCUCUACAUCCUGGUGGUCAAUCUCCAAGCCUACUCCCCGUGCGACUUCUACACCCACGUAGGCUACUUCCUGCACCUGCUCGGUGCCAAGGUGCCCCAAGCUGUGGUCCUGCUGGUGGGCACGCACGCCGAUCUGUGCGGGGAGGCGGAGCUGGAAGAGAAGAAGAUGGACAUCCAUCGUCAGGUCGGUUUGCAGCAGAGGAGGGACGUCCAAGUUCUUCAGAGCUUAGCGCUGAAGGUGGAGCAGGCGUUGCAGCAGGGCUACUCGGUGCGUGCCUCCCAUCCCCACGCCUCAUUUUACGCCGUCUCCGACACGAACCUGCGGCGGAAGAAGGCUCGGGUGCGGUCUCUUCUGGACAGGCGGUUGCAGAUUCUGUCCCCCUUGCUGAGCGUCGGCUGCGGGCGGACCGACCGGACUGACAUCCGCCACCUCAGGGAGAAACUGACAUCCGUAGCGCAGCACCCGGACAUCUUCCCCGACCUGUACCGGGUGUUGCCCAGGUCGUGGCAGACGCUGGAGGAGCUGCACCUCAAGUCAGAAAAAUUGUGGUUGACCCUCCGCGACUCGGCACGUCUAGGGCAUCAGGUGGGGCUGACGGAGGAGCACCUGCGAAGCGCCCUGUCCUACUUGCACCGGAGCGGCAUGCUGCUGCACUUGGAGGACAGCCCCGCCUUAAAGGACUACGUCUUUCACAAUCCACCACGCUUCCUCGCCAUCAUCAAUGUUUUCUUCCAAGGAGAUGGCUCGGGGGCAGUGGCGGCGGCGGCUGAGGAGUCCCGGCAGGUUGACCAGGAAGCCGAGAAGCUCCAGCGUCACUUGGAUGCUUUCCAUAGCCACGGCAUCCUCCCGUCCUCCGCCAUCCUCCAGCUGAUGCGGCCUCUGGUCCAGACGCGACAGGACGUGGACAUGAUCUUGGAGCUCCUGGACAAAAUGGGCGUCUGCUACUGCGUCAACAAACCCCGCGCAGGCAAGCCCUUGAAAGGCGGCACCGAGCUCUGGUACAAGUUCCCCGGACACGUUGACGUCAAGGAGGCGGAAGCCGACGGGACCUCCGAGACCGAAUCCGACAUCAGCUUUGAGAUAGAACCCAACAGGAGCUCAGAGACUGAGCCCGACAGGGUCUGGGUUCCGCCGAGUCCCCCUUUCACCGCGGAGCAGCUGCAGAUCCGGUACAGCUUUCCCUUCCUGUUCCCGCCCGGGCUCUUUGCCCGCUUUUCCGCCCGGAUCAACAGACACGUGGUCCAGAGGUCGGACGACCGGCGCCGCAUCCGGGCGUACCGAGGCAAAGUCCCGGUGGUCAUCAGCCACCGGCCCUCGACGGGGAGGCUGCAGGCCGGCACCCUGUCGGUCAGCAGUCGCGCCGCGCUACCCAACAUGUGGACGGCGUGGCAAGCCGUCACGCCGUUGCUGCGCGAGCUGGACGCCCUCCUCGAGGACUGGCCUGGGCUGCUCUACCACAAGCACAUCCUCUGCGCUAAGUGCCUGCGAAGAGGCUCGGGCAGCCCACAUGCCUUCCCCGGAGAGCUUCUGUCCCAGCGACGUCCGGAAGGCGUGAGCGAGCUGACUUGUCCCAAGAAUUCUUCCGAGCGAGUGAAUGUGGCUUUGGUCUACCCGCCGACGCCUACAGACACACCGCCGACCACACCCACGCCCACCGUGAUUUGCCCAAAGUGACUCUGGCUCGCACACAAGAGACCCCCUUCGCUGACACACCCUGGUUGCUGGUUUGCUGGGAAGGCCUUGGGAGUGGUUUCUCAGGAAGGCCACGUAAGCAUGUUGGACUGCUGAAAACAUGCUCGGAUAUGAUUGGAUCCGUUCCGGAUGCGCUUGAUGAGGCUUGCCGCGCCCCACAAUGCGAUGCGACUAUUUAUUCUUCAGCUAGCUGUCAAUCGAUCCAUCAAUCAGUCAUCACGUUUUGUGUCCAAAGAUGAGCAAAGUUGCAAUAAUUUGAUUUUGUGUGUGUCUGGAGUCAACAAGAUAUAAUCUUGUUACCGUGGCAACACAUUUGACAGACUCUGGGGGUCCCCUGAUGGACGACGACAUCAUCAAACUGAGACUCGCAUUUUCAUGUAAAUAAAACCUUUAUUUUUCUACACAAGGCAAAGAGAGGCACAUGAAUAAAAUAAGAAAUAAAUAACUCAAUCACCA